AUGGUGGGGUUCGCGGGGAAGAGGAAGGAGCUGGAGCAGGUGGUGGACGGCCUCUCCGACUUCUCCCUCUCCGGCCCCGCUGCCAAGAGCCGCAGAUUGGACCCUGGGCUCCCACCAAUUAUGGAAGAAGAACCACCUGCUCCUUCCAUGUCGUUCCAGAUGCUGGGAGAGAAAAUCGAUAGCGGUGUUGACAUACCCAGUGUGGAAGUCAUGAUGGAAGGUCUAACACAUCAUGUGCCUAGUGAGGACAUGGCACUUGUUUUAUACAAACCAGUAAAUAACCCACCAUUUGGUCCUGGCAUCUCAAGCUCUUCAUUCAUAGUGAGUUCAGACUUGAUACGUGGUCUAAAGAACCAUGCUUUCAAUCAAGCGAACUAUCAUGAGAUGGAGGGUGAAUCUCCUGAGCGUAGGAACAGCUUGGCUUUAGUUCUUGGAUACCACCACAAGUGUCUAUUAGAUCUGACUGGGUUGCUGCUGAGCCAGAGAGCACACAGAUUUUUGAAGUACCUAUGGAGGCUGAUGAGACUGAAGUAA